UCUAUCUCCAGGCAAGCGUGGUGGGGUCCGUCCUGGCCGACUGCCCGACUGGCCGUUGCGCGGGGCGGCAGACACCAUCGCACCCCAUCCGCCUCCGCACGCCCCCAAAUCUCGCGUCGGCGUCCCAGGGAAGGAAUAGCCGCCGCCGCCAGUGCAAGCUCGAGAAGCCGAAGAAGCCCCGGAGACCAGCGGGCUUCUUCGCCCGAGCCUGCUCCCUCCCCUCUGCUCCCCCCUACCAUGCGCGUCCCCGCCCGCGACGCCCUCCCUCCCGUGUACUCGCCCCCAGCUCCAGUCCCCACAUGGCGAGCCGCGACAAGGUCAGCGUGAGUUGCUGCAGCCCGAACACGCUCCCCCUCGACCGCCUGCUGGCCUCGCUCGCCGCCAACGUGGAGCAGCUCGGGAAGAGGUGGGAGAUCGCCGUCCGCGACCAGAGGGCCAAGGGGCGCAGGGCGGCCGCCCGGAGGGCGGAGGAGGCGGAUGUGCCGGUGCAGCUGCACACGCCGCUGUUCUACGCCACCUGCGCCCUCGGCGGGGUCCUCAGCACCGGUCUCACCCACCUCGCCGUCACUCCGCUCGACCUCGUCAAGUGCAAUAUGCAGGUUGACCCUGUUAGGUACAGGGACAUAUCAUCUGGCUUCCGUGUCUUACUCCAAGAGCAAGGUCUUGGUGGGUUCUUCAAAGGCUGGAUGGCCACACUGGUUGGUUAUAGUAGCCAGGGGGCAUGCAAGUUUGGGUUCUACGAGUUCUUCAAGAAGUGCUACUCGGACAUUGCUGGCCCCGAGAAUUCUCAAAAGUUGAAGACCGUCAUCUACCUUGCCGCAUCGGCCUCGGCUGAGGUCAUUGCAGAUAUAGCUCUCUGCCCCAUGGAAGCCGUCAAGGUUCGAAUCCAGACACAGCCGGGGUUUGCUCGAUGCCUGACCGAUGGGCUUCCGAAGCUUGUCCAGUCCGAAGGUGCCUUUGGGCUUUACAAAGGACUAUUUCCUCUUUGGGGCCGCCAAAUACCUUACACUAUGAUGAAAUUUGCUUGCUUUGAGACCAUUGUUGAAAUGGUUUACAAGCAUGCUGUCCCAAAACCAAAAGAUCAAUGCAGUAAGCCACUCCAGCUAGCAGUGAGUUUUGCAGGUGGGUACAUUGCUGGAGUCUUGUGUGCUGCUAUCUCUCAUCCUGCAGACAACCUGGUGUCUUUCCUCAACAAUGCGAAGGGCGCCACCGUGGCAGAUGCUGUAGCAACCCUUGGGCUGUGGGGCCUUUUCACUCGUGGUCUUCCGCUCCGUAUUAUCAUGGUCGGUACUCUUACGGGAGCGCAAUGGGCAACAUAUGAUGCGUUUAAAGUCUUCGUUGGACUACCAACAUCCGGGGGAGUCAUCUCUAGUUGUCAUGCUGCCACUGCGUCGCACCAAGUGGGUCAUGUAAAGCAGAACUGACUGCACUGGGCAGGUCAUGUGCUGAACUAUCUGUAAACAGAGUAGAUGAAUAACAGGCACUCUGGUGACAGCUCUGAUUCUUGCAAGAGCUCCAGCAUAGGAGUAUGAAGCGUUAAAUGAGAAUUGUGACACUGCCUUUAACCGGUAGGAAGUUUCACUUUCAAGGGGGUUUUGUUGCUACCUCUUGGAUGUCACAAAAUCUGUUUAGGAAUGCGACAAAGCUUCAGAGGUGUAUCUGGCACAUUGGCAUACUGAUCUGGUAUUUGGCACAUUGCCUCCGCUUGUCUGCCUGCCUGGUUAGCUGUCCGUGUUUAUCAGGACCUUAAUGGAUGUUCUGCCUACAUAAUUGGAAGAACGAAGGAAACGAAUUUGAAGAAAUCGUUGGGUACUCAAAGUACAGCUAACAUCACUGGUCUUAGAUAACUUUAGACAAAUCCUAAGUCAUUGGUCACUACGUAGUGCUCCUAAAAUUGCCAGUGCAGAUAUCAUUGCUGUAAGAAAUGGCACUACAGUACAAAUUUCCCUCGUGUACUGCACUCUAAUACCCAGUACCAUUUUCGUGGCAAA